AUGGAACUGACAUUACUGGUAGCGGGCCAUGCGCAGAGACAACAACAAGGUAAGUUGACUUUUCAAGAAAACGUAAAUCGACGUGUAUUGUUGGGGUGGGUGCGCAUAACAGGAUUGGAGAAUAAACAGCACUGGAAAUACGACAAACUUUUGGCACAUUUAGCUAAUGUCAUUACCGGAUAUCCGAGCGAUGGCAAACCUAAUGCUUUUACGUGGCCUACUGCGGCUGGUGUGAGUGGUGGCUUGGAGGGCAUGAGAGUAAGUAUUAGGUUUGCCAUCGCUCGGAUAUCUAUCGUCAAAUCAAUCAGUUAA